UCUUAAAGAUAAUAAAUAUAAACGCUACACGUAUCUGGUAAUGACAGCAUACAACAUUAAGUCUAAGCAUCAAUCGCCUUCAAAAAAAUGAAGCCAGCUGAAAGUUCAGUGCUUGUGUUUAUUCAGUUUAGCAACACACGUGCGGCUGCAUCGCUAUUUAUCUGUCAAAACGUGCUGUCCGAGUGAGCCAGUCAAAAAAGGCCUCGCCGCUGACGUCACCAUCCGCCCGGACAUGUGUCCCCUUUUCUUUUUUUCCCCUUUUUGGCACUCUGAACAGUUGGAUUAUAAGAUCACGAAUUUGGGUUAGCUCCAUCUACGUCAAUCUAAAAAUUGGUGUAAGUAACGUUAAGCAUGGUUUGUUUGAGAUUUGCAGAUUUUUAUUUAUUUUAUUUUUUUUUACAGUAGUAGUGCUGACCGAGCAAAUGCAACAGCUACCUGCUGCAAAAACUGACACAGACAAUCAACACCCAGGCAUACAACACUAAAAACCAAUAAAAUCCAUGCUUCUAGUUAAGCUUGAAUCAAAUUACAGCUUAAUACCACGAUCAGAAUUUGGAUUUCUUUUUAAAUCGCUGUUAUUAUAUUCUGCGAGGUUUUUAAAGAGUAAGUUCACACCAAAUUUUGGAAAGAUGAAAAACAUCACCGCUCGUCGGCGGAGAAAAUCCGAUUAUUGGGCUAACUGCUGUGACUCUUUGGUUCAUAUUUGUAUUUUAACAGAGCCAUGUUAGAAGCUGAAUAAUAAAGUCUGCCAGCGCUGGAGAAAUUUUUCUUUAGUCCCGGAAGACACACUUAAGACUUUUUGUCAAAGUUUUUCUUAGUGGUUCUGAAGUUUUAGCACAGCAUGGCAAUGCAUUAAAGAUGCAUCUUUCAGUUCAUUAUCAAAGCUCUGAUUUUUCCAUAAAAUUCAAUUACAAGGCUCAGUGGGAUGGUUUCUGUGUAUAUCACUUGUACAUCUUUACUACUUCUUUUCAUUUAUUAGCCAACAUGUAUAGCAGUACAAAUAUAUCUGUGAUUACGGACCUGAUAACCCAAUAAUAGGCAUGACAUAGUUAUUAGUUAAUGAGUGAUGUCAACUAUCUGCAAAUAUGAUGACAUUUAUAAAAAGCUGCAUAUCUGCCGUAUAGAAUCAUUUUUGCACUUUAAAACAUGGUGCCAUAAAGAGCUAAGGCCAUUAAAAUGUUUCUUAUGUGUCAAAAAGAUGGUUUUUUAGCACAAGGGAAGGGGGAGUAAAAACAAAACACACAAACAUACACACACACAAUCCUCUGCAGUUCAAAUUCAGACCAAAUCCAGGAGUGGGUGAUGCAAUCAUCUACAUGCUGCUGAAAGCUUACUCCCAUCGAGAUAGUAACUGCAUUGUGAGGAUUGCCAAUUUUUGAUUUCUCAGGUGCAUUUAAUAUGCUGCUGCUAGUGAGAGAGGAAAUACAUAAAACAUAAGCAGACAUGUCCAUCAUCUCAUCGAUUACUGAUUACCUGACAGACAGGCUGCGGUAUGUGAGACUGGGCAGUACAGGAGCUACGCAGGGGCCUGCGGCGUCUCCAUUGCUACUCACGUUGUGCACCUCAAACUUUUAGCACAACUCCAGGUCAUGCCAUCUACAGAAAUACUCUGACAAUUCAGCAGUGGUUGGAAAUGUUAGUGAUGGGCAGGAGGAGGAGUACAGAGCACUAGGGGAAGGUUUUAUGGAUGAAUCAUCUGCUUCUCAAUGAGAAUAACAUCAAAAUAGUGAUCGACUUCAGUAAGAAGAGGACGGCUACACGACUCGUGUCUAUCCUGGGACAGGAUGUUGAUGUUGUGGGGGAGUACAAGAACCCGGGCAUCCACACUGACAACAACAACAAAAAAAAGGGUAGGAUGAGAAGGCUCUGUUUCCCAAGGAAGCUGAGAUUCUUUGAUGUGUGCAGCAAGAUGAUGGAUCCUGAACCAUACACACUGCCAGACAGGAGUGGAGCACAUUCUCCAAACAACAAUAAGAAUGCAUCAUCAUUUCAACUUCUGUAACAAAAUCUUUUCCAAAAAGUAUUUUCUCAUUCAUUCAUUAAAGAAACUGUCUUGGAACUGCUAUUGGCACAUACAAAUUUGUCUUCCGCAUUCUCAAUAAAGCACUCAUUUAUAAUAAUUUGUUUUUGUUGCAUUAAUAUAGCAUCCAUGAGUGUCAGUCCCUGUUAAGACUGAUAUUGAAAGACUGGAAUAUGUUAAUCUGUAGUAUGACAUCUAUUUUGCGUCAUGAGGGGCUGAUAUAUUUUUAAACUGUUAUUUAUUUAUUUAUUUAUUAUGGAAAUCGUCUUCGUUCCCAUGGCACAAACAGAGUAAUAACACCAAAAGCAAAACUAUCAAACUAAAAAUAUCAGUAAAAUAUGGGUCAAAUUGCUAUUUUAAAGCCCCUUGUUGCACAGACUUUCACAAUAAGUGAUUUUCUUCCAAACUGGCACAGGGGAUUACAGGGUAUCUUACCUCUUCUACCCCUCUGCUCGACCCACAUACAAGAGGUCGCUGUGCACCGGUCACACACAGCACUAAGCUCCUGUGCUGGCUGCAACAUCUGUGCCUUAACGUAGCCACAAGCUCUUAAAACACUCCCACGUGUUUACGCUGUGCCUAUGAGUGCUGGGUUUGAGCCCUUUUCUUUUUUCCCUGCGCGACAGCUCCGUCACACUCUAUCCAUAGCCAAUGAAUAAUCGUCGUUCCAAUUUUUGCUCAAUUUUGCCCUGAAUUUUGUCUGUCAGACUGACAGCAUGCCCGUUUUCUCACACUUUAUGCAAAAUGUCAAAUCAUGUGUCCUCUGUUAAAAUCUUAAAGGUGAUCUGGACUGCAUUGCCCACCUGUUAACGCCUUCCUUUAGAGUACGAUGUGCUGGAUUUGUGCCUGAGAGGCAUCGAUGAGGGUUAAAUCGUGCUAAUCUUGUAGCUGAGUCAUUGGCUGACGCAGUCCUGGCGCGGUAUUGUAAAGUUUACGAGAGCUCAAAGCUAAAACAGCUACAUGAAUACUGAAGUCUUGAAUAUGUAACGCUGUUUUUAUGACAUCAACCACGAUCGGUUGCAUAAAGGUUAGCGUGAACACUGCUACACAGCUACAGACGUGCUCCGGUGAAAAUGAACUGAAGGUUUGUUUUGGUCGGUUUCGAGUUGAAGCUAAGCUAAAGGGAGGCGCGCUGAGUUGUCGUUUACUACCAGCUGGAAGAAAGUGCUAGCAGCAUUGAGAGCUGAAUCGAGAUGAGUGUUUCACGGGAAAUUAAACAGCUGCAGAAAGCAAAGAGCAAAGCCCAGAGCAGCAACAACUUAAAGGAGGAAGCAAACAUCUGCAAUCAGCUAGGAGAGCUGCUGUCAAAGAGCGGUGAUUAUCAGGCUGCCAUUAGGGAGCACCAGCAGGAGUUGGCGCUCUCUGAAGUGCUAAAUGAUGUGAUUGGACGAGCUGUGGCCAAUCGUAAGAUAGGAGAGUGCUUUGCAGAGUUGGGCAACAUUGAGGCAGCUUUGAAACACCAGCGUCUUCACCUGGAUCUGGCUCGAUCUGUCAGAGAUCAUGCCGAAGAGCAAAGGGCGCUGGCCACUAUCGGUCGGACCUACCUCUUCCAUUAUGAAACGGACCAAUCGAGGAAGAGCUUGGAGCAAGCAGAAGAGGCCUUCAGGAAGAGCUUGGGCAUUGUGGAUGACCGCCUGGAGGGGACUGUGCCACAGCGAGAGAUCAAUGAGAUGAAGGCGCGUCUCUUCCUCAAUCUGGGUCUAGUCUGUGAUCAUCUGGGCGAGCACAAAAGCUGCAGCGAGUUCAUCCGGCGAAGUGUAUUUAUUGCCGAGAAGAGCCAGCUGCUGGAGGAUCUCUACCGUGCGAACUUUAACCUGGGCAACAUCUACUUCCGUAACGGUCAACACUCUAAUUCAGUCCGCUGCUUAGAGCAGGCCAAAGAGUGCGCCCGGAAGAUUAAAGACAAAUUUAGUGAGAGCGAGUGCUUUCACUGCAUCGGCAAGGUGCAGCUGUCUCUGGGUGACUUUGUAGCAGCGCGACGAUCUCUGAAGAAAGCUGUCUUUCUGGGUUCCCAGCAGCCGCUGGACAGACAGACGGUGAAGAAAGCUUUCAAAUAUGCUGACCGAGGCUGUAAAUUAGAGGAAGAGCUGGGGGAAGAUCAGGGCAAAAAACCCAGCUCCCAUCAGGCUGUCGAGCUGGCAGAGCAGCUCGGGGAUCUCUGCUGUAAAGUUGGCUGCUACAGCAAAGCUCUGGAAGCUUAUCAAGCUCAGCUAAAGGGUGCUGAGGCGUUGGGAAAGCCUGCCAGGGAGCUGGCUGUCAUCCACGUGUCCCUGGCUGCCACCUACGCAGACCUGAAACAACACAGCAAGGCAGUGGAGCACUACAGAAAGGAGCUGGCGUUACGACAGGGCAGCUCUACAGAGGAGUGUAGCACGUGGCUAAACAUCGCAGCAGCUCAGGAGGAGAGCGGCUGUGCUUUGGAGGAUGUGGAGAGGAGCUACAAUACAGCUUUGCGCUGCGCUCAGGAGUCUGGACAGGCCAGACUGCAGAAGCGCGUGUUGAGGCUCUGGCUGGCGUCCCAGAGACGAAGCGGCUUAUCGGAUGCUGACGACACCGAGGCGAGGCUGCAGGAGCUGUGUGCUUCAGAGGGCUGGGGUCCAGAUGGGAGUGAUGGUGAGGAGGAAGAGGAGGAAAUGGACAACAGCGAACCGCUGGACAACAGUGAUGUCAUCCUCUCAGACUCAGAUGAUGAUCUGGAGGGUUAUGACAAGAUGGUGUCAGGAAGGAGGAAAACAGGACGGUGGAACAAGCGGAAUGAGAAGGGAGAGACAUCUCUUCACAGAGCAUGCAUAGAUGGGAAUCUGAAGCAGGUCCAGUACCUGGUAGAACAGGGUCACCCAGUGAACCCCAGGGACUACUGUGGCUGGACUCCCCUCCAUGAAGCCUGCAACCAUGGUCACUAUGAUAUCGUGGCUCUGCUCUUGGAGCACGGUGCUAACGUUAACGACCCCGGUGGCCCUUUAUGUGAAGGUGUGACUCCUCUCCACGACGCCGUCGCAUGUGGCAAUUUAGAAGUCGCAAGACUCUUGGUGGAACGAGGGGCCUCUGUCACACUGCGCAACUCCAAGGGUGAAACUGCUUUGGACACCUUGCGUCAGUGGCAGAGGACCUACAGCAGGGAGCUGGAUCAUGAGACCAGGCAGAAGUGUAUUGCUACAGAGAGACUUCUGAGGAAGGCGCUAGCAGGAGGAGUGCCUGCAGCUCCGGCCCCGGCCAAGCCUUUUGAUGCCCUGCAGGACAGCCAGCUGUUUGAUGCGGAGAGUUCUGAGCCACUCUCGUCCACUGGAGGGGGCUCUUUCUCCAGCCAAGACUGGCCGCGAAGCAGGAGCUCGGAGGUGAAAGCGUCAGGCGCCAGCCCCAAACGGCCGCAGACCAAUGGCUCAAAACAGCGGCACAGAGCCAGGGGAACAGAAGCUGCUGUACUGUAUGGGAUUAACAGCAGCAGCUCAGAUGACAGCGAGCCUGACACCCCGGUUAGUCCUCUCCGUCCUGUCCGUCCUAGACAAGGUUUCCCAGCAGCUCAGAGUCAGAAAGAACCUCCUGCAAACAAAGAAGCUGCCUCAGUUCCCACCUCAGGACAGGAAUGCAUCAGGCAGGCCUCUAUGCCGUCUGUGUUUGCCCGAGAAGAGUACCACAGUGCCAUCAGAGGCUUGGGCAGCGCCAAAACACUUCUCCAGGGUCUCUCGCAGCCUCAGCUCUCCAGCACACCUGCCGUUUCUUCCAGCAACAAAUCGGCUCUUGUUCCUGAGGACGAGUAUCUGGCUGAUGACUGGUUGGAAGACGAUUUGGUGGAGAUCCAGCCGAAGAAAAAGCGGAGGCUUCGGAUGGAGCAGAAUGGGCCAAGAGUAGAGGAAACUGCUUCGUCUUCUGCAGCUCGAAGUCAAAACAAGCAUUUGAACUCGGACACAGCCUGCAGAGGAUCUGCAGUUUCCUCCCUGUCCAGUAGAGGCCUCUCUCAGAGAAAGAACAGCUCGGGGAAGCCUCACCAGGUCAAAAUGACUCAGAUACCAGGUGUGGCCAGAUUGGGGAGAAGAGAAGUCAACCGGUCACACAGUCCCACCGUUACAGAUGAUGACGAUUCGAGAUCAGACACACCGCCACCACCUCUCCUUAUCCACACUCAGCCUCCAACUCAAACUUUGGUUGCUCCUAUGCCCACGUCACUUCCUCCACCUAUCAGAAUGAGGGUCCGGGUUCAGGAAGACGUCUUCCUGAUCCCAGUUCCACAAAGUGAGGCCAACUCCUGCUCUGUGUGGUGGCUGUGUGAGCAGGCAGCUCAGCGUUACUACCAGAAAUGUGGCCUCCUGCCUCGUCUCUCUCUGCAGAAAGAAGGCGCCCUGCUCUCCCCGCAGGACCAGCUGCUGGCCGUCCUGCACACAAAUGAAGAGGUUCUGGCUGAAGUUUGCUCGUGGGAUCUCCCUCCUCUCCCUGAGCGAUACAAGAAGGCCUGUCAAAGUCUGGCAGUGGAUGAGAACAAGCGUGUCUCCCGGCUAUGUGAGGUUCAGGACCGGGGUUCCUCCGUGUCAGUGUGUGGCCUGGGUUUGGCCGCCUCUUCCCUCGGCCCGCUCCUCCGUGCCCUAAAACUUCAGGCCAGCCUCACCGAGCUGCGAAUUUCUGGCAACCGUAUGUCUGACGACCUUCUCCCUGAGCUGAUUGCCACAACGCUCACCAUGCCUCGUCUGCAGCUGCUGGACAUUUCCGCCAACUGCAUUACAGGGGACGGGCUGGAGAAGGCUGUAAAUGCUUUAAAGGGACAGAGUGCACCUGCAUUCCCGUGCCUGGAGGAGCUGGACCUCAGUAUGAACCCACUGGGGGACGGCGUGUCUGAGUCUCUGUCCUGUCUGCUGUCCUGCUGCCCUGUGCUAGCCAAGCUGUCUCUGCAGGCCUGCGGCCUCACUGCUCGUUUCCUUCAGCAGCAUCGACUGCUGCUAGCCAGCGCGCUCACAGGCACAGGCCAUUUGAAAGCAGUGUGCCUGUCCCACAAUCCCCUGGGCUCCACCGGCUUUGAGCUGGUGUUAAAGACUCUGCCCCUCCACUGCCUCACACACGUGGACCUGUCGGCUGUCUGCAGAGGGCCUGCUGAUUACCCGGCACUGGAACACCUCGCCAAAGUCCUGUCACAGGACGAGUGCUCUCUGAGCCACCUGAGCCUGGCUGCAAAUGGGCUGACAGACAGCAGUGUAACUACCUUGGCGAGGUGCCUCUCGUCGUGUCCCACACUGGUGAGUCUGAAUCUGUCAGGAAAUCCGUCUGUUACAUCAGCGGGACUUCACAACAUCCUGGCGUCUGUCAGAGAGGCCCGUCGACUACUGACACUUCUAAACCUUGAAGGUUGUCAGGUCUCUGGCCCCUGGGAGAGUGAAGACCUGGACAGUUUGUCAGAGCUGGUCCAGGAUAUCCGUCUUUGCUCUCAGGCCCUCAACAAGCUGGACCGACAGACCUUGAAGCAGAGCUGGGACAGGACUCAGUCACACGGACGCUUUCUCGACCGAAACUCCAAGUGCCUCCUCUCUGCCACCUCCACUUGAGGGUGGCAGGUGUGACGAUGUUGACAGAACUUUGCUUCUGAUGUCUACUCUUUAUCACUGACGGUGGAUUUUGAGCAAGUGGUCAUUUCUAUAAACAUUUUGUUUAAUGAGGCUACACCAAAAACAAACAAGAUAAAACCAAAAUAAAGUGACAUGGUGUCCACCAACAAUCUGUUGAUAGCUUGUGUUUUAUGCAUUUUUGUCUGCCUUAUUUAUACAUGUAAAAUUCUGUGUCUGUAUAAAGAGUUUGUGUUAGUGUAUGAGAGGUUUUGUGUCACAAUGGUCCUGUUUUGUAGGA